UCAGAUUCCAAAUGGGUUAGAUGGCCAGCCUCGAAGAGUCGUAGUUGAUGAUUCAAUUUCAACACUGCAGGAGUCGCCCAGUGGAGCAGCAGCCCGGGCGGCCGGCUUGGUCUUGCCUCAGUUAACACCCUUAUCAGUGGCUCGGAUGAAGUAACUGUGCAAUUUUAUCAGAUUUACAGCUGACAUCAAAUUGGGAAGGACAGAUCCAAAAGGGCUUUGACAGACUAGACAGUAUUGGGCUGAAUCUGGUAAGAUUCCUAUCCGUAUGGAUGAAAAAGAAUUGCUAGGCAAGCGGAGUUAAGUGACACGCCCGGGAUCACACAGCUAGGAAGUGUCAAGUGUCUGAGGUUAAAUUUGAACUCAAGUCCUCGUGACUCCAGGGCGCGAGCUCCAUGCACUGCGCCACCUAGGUGCCCCCUCCCUCUCCUUUAAUAGCUCCUUUUUAUGUCCAGUCUUCCGGAUUAGAGAGUAAGCACCCAGAGGGCGGGGCCGGUUCUUCUGCUCUUCUUCGCCUUCAGCCAGCGCUCUACGCUUGUUCCCUCCCCCCCAGCCUCUCUUCCACGGCGCAGGCGCGGCUACCAAGGAGAGCGCCCCUCCGCUCGCGUCUAUCGAUCGUUCGGGAAUCGGCUGCUUCCAACCAGCCUUGCUCGGUGCUCCGACAGGCUUCCUUCGCUCGGGAAGGGGAGGGGCCGCGCGGAGGAGGUGGCCGGAGACCGCUCAGCCCCACCCCCAGCCUGUUCUCUUGACGCAAAGUGCGCGCGCGGCUUAGGCCGGAGUGGGUCGGGGGAGGUCGAGGGAAGCGCCCGCCGAGGGGCGGGGCGAGAGGCGGUGGCGCCGUAACGUUAUCGCCCCGCCCCUGGCCGGCGCGCCAAAAUCAAACGAGGCCGGCGGACGGCGUCUCCCGCCUUUCCCGCGCCUCCCGCGCUCGCGUCCUGUCAAAGCAGCGGCGGCCGCGGACGAGACGACAUGGCGACCCCGCCCAAGAGGAGCUGCCCGUCGCCCGCCGCCGGCGCCGAGGGGGCCCGUAUCAAGAAGAUCGCCGUCGAAGGCAACAUCGCUGCGGGGAAGUCAACAUUUGUAAAUAUCCUUAAGCAAGUCUCUGAUGAUUGGGAAGUGGUUCCUGAACCGGUUGCCAGGUGGUGCCAUGUUCAGAGCACUCAAGAUGAAUUUGAGGAGCUGACCACUUCUCAGAAAAGUGGUGGCAAUGUGCUUCAGAUGAUGUAUGAAAAACCAGAACGAUGGUCAUUCACCUUCCAGACCUAUGCCUGCCUGAGCAGAAUCCGAGCUCAGCUCUCGGCUCUCAGUGGGAAGCUCAAAGAGGCAGAGAGGCCCGUGGUGUUCUUUGAGCGCUCGGUGUACAGUGACAGGUAUAUUUUUGCAUCUAAUUUAUAUGAGUCUGAUUGCAUGAAUGAAACAGAGUGGACAAUUUAUCAAGACUGGCAUGACUGGAUGAAUAACCAAUUUGGCCAGAGCCUUGAACUGGAUGGAAUAAUUUAUCUUCAAGCCAUUCCAGAGAAAUGUUUGAGUAGAAUAUACUUGAGGGGAAGAGAAGAAGAACAAGAAAUUCCUCUUGAAUACUUAGAAAAGCUCCACUAUAAACACGAAAGCUGGCUCCAGAAUAGAACACUGAAAACCAACUUUGAUUAUCUACAAGAGAUACCCAUCUUAACGCUGGACGUUAAUGAAGAUUUUAAAGACAAACAUGAAAAUCUCAUUGAAAAGGUCAAGGAAUUUUUGAGCACUUUGUAAUAUUGCAGGAGACAGUUGGCAGCCAAAAGAUUCCAAAUACUUCAGUUUUGUGCAUUUUCGUCUUUGCUGUAACUACAACAAAAAAUAUGAACCACGCAUGAACUCUGCAAUAGUUUUUCUUUAGAAAAUCUGUGUAAAAGAUGAUGACCACAUUUUUAGCAUCUUAUAACUAUGGAAACCUUUAUGAAAUUGCAUCACAAAAACACUGACCUUAGUGUGAACCAAGACAGCUUUAAAUUAUAAUAUCAAGAAUCCAUAAUAGGAGGGUCCCCAUUCAUUUAAAAAAUUUCUUCCAUGUCUCUCUCCUCUGUCCCCUAAUUUAUAGUAUAAGUAAAGUGAAGUAAGGUUCAGUAUCUCAUCACAUCAUUGAUAUUUAUUAUCGUGUUGUCUACAAGGCUGUUGGAUCUCAACAAGCAGAUGGCUCUGCUCCCAAGUUUGGCCGCUGACAGAUGGAAAAUCAUCUUGUAUAAAAUUUACUUGAUCUCUUGUGUGACUUUGUUUCUUUGUCUGUAGCAUGGGGGAGAUUUCUUCCCAUCGUCCAUAUUCAUGGGAAUGUUGAGGAUUUAAGAUAAAAUGUUUUAAGAUCUAGUUAUUUGAUGAGUAUAAGCUGGCCAUAUGGAGCCCAUGGAUAGGGGCCUCUUACUUUCUAUCUCAUCUACCCCUUCAGAAGAGUAGAGGAUCAUUAUAGAUAUUGAAUUGUUUAAAAUAUAAUGGCCCUUAAGUAAUUCAGAGGACUUACUAGCUGUUGAUAAUUUUCCGCUUCGUGUAGGCCAGGUUUAACCCCCCACACAUAGUCAUAAUUGUUGGGGGAAGGACGUCUGACUCCACCACAGAUGGUCUUUCUAGCUGGAAGGUACUUGAAGUGGAUAGUUGGUUAGAAUUUAAUGAGACAGGGAAAAGACUGUUUGCAUCCCCACAUUUCCAUUUACUUCAAGAGCACCAAGUUCUCACCUUAAUUUGCUUUGCCUUUGCCGAUUUUCCCUCGAAGAUUUCUUUAAAGUAUUGUUUUCCUUUGCAAGAAAUUACCCAUGAAACCGAUCAGUUUCUUUUCCACGCACUGUUUCUCUUUGCUGAUCCAGGUGAUGAACUAAGCGUAGAAACUCCUUCCAAAAAGCACUUCAUUACUUGUUUAUAGUUUGUUCUCUGUAAGAUCGAGAUUUAAAAAUCUGUACACAUUCGUGUUAGGUGUAUGUAUAAGUAACAUGUUUUCCUGUCAUCUAAGGAUGUAAAAUAUGUGCUUAGAAUAUGUAGCAUUUUCCUUUAGUGGGUUUCAAGAAUAUCUCAUUAAGAUAUCCUUUUUAAAAAAUUCAUUGCUUUAUAGUUUUGGUGUUAUUUGUCUUGAAAUUUUUUUAUCUUGUUGUCUUACUAUUCAUUUUAGUAUCAGGGUGAGAGUUUAAUGGAUUGACUAUUUUUGUAAAAGGGACUUGGUUUCAAACACCAAAAAUAUUAAAAUAUCUACAUAUUGCAUUAGUUUUCAUUUUCCAUAAAUUGUUUUGUCUGCUUAGGCUAGAUAUUUACAUUGGGGUUGUAAAUUCAUCAUGAAAUAAAGUUGGAUUCAAAACUU